CAGGCUCAACCGCAGAGCCCGACAGCUGCUCUGGCACAUAAGACUCGGGGAGCUGAACUUCAUGGACACUUGUUUUUGCAGACAAUAGCUGCCAAGUAACCGUCUGCAUCAGCUAAAACGGGCUUUAGAGCAACAUUUAACAGUGAACUUGAAAAGAUGCCGGCUCUAUCAGCACCCAUUGAUGUCUGCAGCUCGCCCCCAUCGCCAGUGGACGGCAGCCCCAGGAGGUUGUCCUGGGGCAAACUGGUGCAAAGGCUGGCUGAUUUCAGCUCGCCUGGCAACCCUGGCAGCAUCGAGUCCAAGUCCAACAACAGCAGCAGGAGUGACCUCUCGGACUCCGUGUCAGACUCUGAACCCUGCGAGCAGUCUCACUGCAGUGAUGACCUGUUUUACGACCCCAUGGAGGAAACCAUCUUGAAGGAAGUUGUGGGGCUUAUUGCCAGGAGUUUGCGAGAAGCCAAAGAUUCAGACUGCGCCCUGCGAUGUGCCAAACUGCUGAUACCGGAGAAACUUUUGGAGCACAUCGGGCAAGAGCUGCUCCACCUGGCAGCCAGUGAGCCCUGUGGUCUAAGAGGGGCUCUCAUAGACCUCUGUGUGGAACAGGGAGCCGCAUGUGAGAGUGUGGCACAGUUCUCUGUCGACCCCUACCUAGUCCCCACCUUUCAGCUGACUCUGGUGUUGAGGCUAGAGUCUGGUGGAUUGUGGCCAAAAAUCCAAGGACUCUUCAGCACUAAGUCCACCUCUGCUGCUGUGGUGAGACAGGCAAUUAAACUUAGCACCGGCUUCCGCGUGAUUAAGAAGAAACUGUAUUGUUCUGGAGCACUUCUUAUCGAGGAAUGUUGAGGGCUCCACGAAGAGACUGUGAACUUGUUGCGAAGCCUUAUGACGCAGUAUGGGUAUGAAGGGGAACCGGCGUGAGUGGUCCCCGGAGCUGAUGUCCAUUUGUCACAUUUCUGAACCAUCAUGCCCAUUAAGCUUGAUAUCUGUGUUGCAAGUCUACAUGUACCUCAGUUUCUAUUGAAACCAUGAUAUGGCAGCUAGCAAUAGA